GCCGGAGCUGGGGGAAUUCUGGGAAGCAGAGUUAGGCAGAGGGGGACAAGUGAGAGGAGAUCUUACCCCGGGCUCCUCUAGCAGCUCCGCCCCUCCAAUUACCUUUCCAUUUGUCAGGCUUUAGGGGGGCCGCGGCUGGGGGCGGCGUCCGGGACUGGGCGGGGGUACGGAGAGAGCUAGGAGGCAGAAAGGCGGCGAGGGCCGGACUCGAGUGUUGUGAGUGCCUGUGCGGGGCACGCUGUCUAGGGGAACAGGUGCAAAGACAGCGUGCCUGAAGUUGCGUUGGGGAAAGGAAUUGUCCGGGAGCUGCGAGCCCGGCGGUGGGCCACGGGCCCUUGCCCGAGCUGCGCAGGUGUACGCUGGCAGCAAAGAUGCCGGCUCGUUGCGUGGUGGCCGGCAGGUCUCGGCGGGGUGUUCGGCCUCUGUGGGCAAGGAGGUGGGGUGCAAGGAUGUCCCGAGGCUAUGGAGUAAGGCGCCGGGCGAGGUCUUCAGUGCGGCGGAUGCGCUGUACAAGCAUAGGGAGGCUGCGGGAUGGUCGGCGGGCUUUGGGGAGGAGACGAACUACGGAGGCCACGAUGCCCCAUGGGGUAAACAGGGCCUCUGGGACACCUGGGACUGCAGGCUCAGUUGAAGCAGGAAUGGACCCAGGGGCAGUGUGGGUGAACGGGGCUGUGGGCGAGCCCGAGGUGACUGGGCCUGCUGGGUCUGUGUGGGUCACUAGAUCUGGGAAGGAGCCAGAUGAUAGUAGUCCACCAAGCUGCGAGAGAAAAGGUCGACCAGGAACACUUGGCCACGAGAGCAUCCUGGAACUGUGGUUGAAGGUGCAAGCUAUGAGGGUAGCUUCAGGAUGCUGGGAAGGAAGCAGAGUGGAGCUCCAUCCUGUUCCUGCAGGAGAGGGGCCAGUCGAAAAGGGUGUUCCCGGGCGAGCGUCCUGGGUAGAGACCAGCAGAGGUGGUGUCACAGGACCCUGGGUGAGAGGACAUGCUAGGACAUUCCCUCGGGCCUCAGGACUACCCUCAGCUAGGGGAAUAGAGGCAGGUUGUGAGAGACUCUCUGUCUUCUGUAGGCAGGGACAAGCUGGGAAGGCGCCUCCUGCUGUGGGUGGACCUGGGGUAGUGGAGAAGCUAGGCUGGGCUGCCUCGGGCCCUUGGGAAGAAAGACAACCUGUGGGGCUACCUGUGGCCAUAGGAUGGUCUGAGGCUGUGAAAAGGUCCAGAGCUGGAGAAAUGAUGGAAGGUGGAGGUACCCCGGGUUCAUGUUGGGAAGGGCAGUCUGUGCAGGUUUCUGGGGCUCUGGCAGAGGAAGCUGUAUAUGGGCCCAUGUUAUGGGAAAAGGGGCAAAUUGUAGGGCCGCCUGAUGCCUUGAUGGUACUACCCAGGGCUGUGGAAGAUGAAACCGCCUCCCGGGCGGCCACAGGGUUGUGGCAAAGGAGACAAGAGGUGGAGGGUAUGGGUUCUAGGGGUAUUCCUGGCCUGAGGGCCAUGGGACAGUAUGUAGGAGUCCCUUGUGCUGGAGAAGAGGGAGCCAGAUGUGGAGGUGACCCAGGGUCAUGGGGAGCUGCACAGCCUGCAGAGCUGUCCGCUUCUGAGGAGCAAGAGGCAGGUUCCCGGGGUGCCCAGGGCCCGUGGGGUGUAGAACAGGCAAUGGGAGCACCCAGGGCUUUGGGAAAGGAGGCAGAUGAUGCAGGUGUUCCAGGACUGUGGGGAACAGGACAGCUGCCAGGCUUGCAGACUGUGGUGGUGUCAGGAGACAGGGGAGAAGAAACCAGCUAUGAUGUUUCAGGUCUGUGGGAGAGGCCGCAAUCUCUAGGGGCUCCUCUAGCUGAGGCAUUACCGGGGCCAGUUAUGGAAGAGACACUCAGUGGGAAUCUCCUAAGCCUGUGGGAAAGAAGGCGGGUCAUAAGGGAGCAAGAGGCUCAAGGUCCUGCAGCUUUAGGGAUACCCGGGGCUAUGGAUCAGGAUGUCACUUGUAGAGCUCUGUCAUGUCCGUGCAGGAGGAGGAGGGCAGUGGGGGGGUGUGAGACAGUUGUGAUGCCAAAAUACAGGUGUGCCACAGAAAGAGUCCCCUCAGCUCUGGGUGUACCUGAUGCCUUGUGGGUGUGUCAAGAAAGCAGCUCCGCAGAUGCUGUGAACCUGCAGGGAAGGACUCCUGCUGCCUUUGGGAAGCCCAGGGCUCCUGAGGAAUACUCAUCUGUGGUAGAGGAUACUGAAUCUGGGACUCUCUCUGGUUCACAGGGAAGGAGACAAGCUGUUGGGGUUCCCAUGACUCCUAAGAUACGUGGUUCUCUGGAGGUAGAGGCUGGCUCCGGAGGUUUCUCAGGCUUGUCAGGAAGGAGGCUAACAGUAGGUAAACCUGUGACUGCAGGGAUAUCCCCUGCUGGUGUGGCCGUGGCUCCCAGGACAUCUUGUUCUAUGUGGGAGCAUAUUAGCUCUAGGAGAGUCUCAGACUCAGCAGAAGGCAGACCACCUGCAGGGGUAUCCAUGACUGUGGGGCUCCCUGAGGCCACAGGAGAUGAGGCACUAGCUGAGGGUUUACAAAGAAGACAGUCUGCCUCGAUGCCUGUGGCUGCUAGAAUUGCCACAACUGUGGAAGUGCCCGCAGCUUGUGGGCUCUUCGGGCCUCACAGGGUGGUGGAUAGUGCCUGUGGAGAAAGCUCGGGGAUAUGGCAAAGAAGACAAAUGACUGAUCUGUCCACUGCUGCCAGAAUCCCUAACCUUGGGAUAGAAGCAGGCUCUGAAGGUGUCUCUGGUCUGUGGAGGAGGAACAGUCGGGAAGUUCCUGAGGUAGUGAGGGGGGCAUUGCAUCAGGGGACGCUUGCAGCUGUUGGGGCUCCCGUGGUGGGACGUGUGCCUGCUGCAGUGUGGGUGACUGGCUCCCCCAGAGAGGAGGCAAGUGGAGGUGUCUCUGACCUGAUGGUGGUUAGGAGACAGUCUGAUGAGGGAGCAAGGGCAUCAGGGGAGGAAACAGGGAGUAGAGGGGUCCUGGGACUUGCAGGGAGGGGCCAGGCUGUGGGGAUGUCUUACACCCAUGAGCUUGGUGCCAGGAUGUGGGGCAGUCCAAGGUCUGUGAGGGAGGGAACAACCUAUGAGAAUGUUCCCAGAGUAUCUGCAGUGAGGACAACUGUGCCCUCAGUUUCAAGGGAGGAAACAGGCCUUGGCCAUUUCAGAGAGAAUCUGCAGGGGAAUGGGGGCAGACCUGUGGGAGGAGUUCCUGAAGCUGGAGUGAGAGGGAAUGAUUUGGGAGAGAGGGGGGAGGGUGGAUUGAGGGGCACCUUCCAGUAGCUUUGUAGAAAGCAAGUUGGAAAUUGUCCUGGGAUUCUGGGAGGGAAGAGGUUGGGGAACGGUUUGUCUUGGGUAUAAGUGAAGGAACAGAUUAGUUCUUCAGAACCAUGAGGGACCUCAUGGUUCCUGGAGAGAUACUUUGUGGCAAUGUCACAGGCUGUGCAGAGAGACUAACUGGGAGACUUCUGUAAAGAUGGGGAAUGCAUUGCAAGGAGAGGGCUAUCCCAGGACUUUGUAUAGGGGAAUGGGGUGGGGUGGGUGUCCCUGGACUUGUGUGUGAAUGUGUGUGUGACUGAUGACUUGAGGUGUACAGCCCCAACUCUGCAGCUCAUUCUGUGGCUUCAGCUCCAGCCCUGUGGUACUGGCAGGCCAGUUGGCAUUGCCUUACUCAUGUGCCUCCCAUCUGCCUCUUGGAUCAUGUCUCCGUAGUCUUAGAAACAAGGAAUCGUGUACAGCUGUCUUUAUGUUCCUACAAAUGCAUCUGCCUUGAAGAGAAUCCAGUCUGUAAACUUAAGAUUUUUUUUUUCUCUCUUAACCUGGAAUUUCCCAGUUGAUUUACAAUAGGAUUCUUUGAGAGAACAAAUUCUCCAGUGUAUUUAAAACUUACAAUUUCUCAGAAAAUUGUUCAACGCAACCAUGUUGAGUUAAAUUGUUUCCUGUGUUCAAGUAGUGAUUGUGGGAAAUAAAAGAGUGACAAGGCCCUCAAGUCUCAAGGAGCCUUGUCCAGCUGGAAAGCUGAGACACAGACCUUGAAAUAGGAAGAUUUGCCUGAUGACUUGGUGGUCACUGAUGUUCUUCAUCACCUGACGUGAUGGGACCAAGCCAGACAUCUACCUGUGUUCAUCUAGCAUCCAGUAUCCAACUAGAUGG